UCUAAUAUGGCGGAUAGGGAAGCGAACCGAGUGUAGCAAAUGUAUGAAAUAAUGUUUUUCCUGACGUAAAUCUUACUAUAUGCAUUUAGCAUGGGAGGUAAAGACUCAAAGUUAGCUUUCAUAACCUGUGAGGAGGCCGUUAAAAGAGUAAAUGACAAUGAGACGAAGAGGCUUAAAGAGGCCUUCAAGCGAGCCUCCACCCUGGGGGGCUACAUGACAGAGAACCUGUUUAUCAGGGAGGUCUUAUGGGAUGGCGUUCCUCCGAAGUUGGCUCAGCUAAUCUACAAGGGCAUAGGUGGGAGCAGCAAGGGUCUGUCAUACAAGGAUCUGCUAUGUGGUCUAGUCGUGCUCACCAAGGGCACUCGCGAGGAGAAGAUCAAAUUGAUCUUCGGCAUGUAUGCUGAUGAGAGCUACAGUUAUGUGCAGAAGGAUGAGAUGGACAGACGGAUCCUGGAAACAGAAGGACAGGUCUCCACUGCUCUCUCAUCACUGUUUAGAGAGAGUGAUCAAGUUGGGUUUGAUGCUUUCUUCAACUGGGUGCGGGCACAUCCGGAUGCAACAAUCAUCACCACAUGGCUUUUGAUGGAGCCCAGCACGAUCUCGCUGUCCAACGACAUGGACACACCCACUUUCUACCAGACACUUGCUGGUGUCACACACUUGGAGGAGACCGACAUCAGUGAGCUUGAAAAGCGCUACUGGGUUCUGAAGGCGCAGUCCAAAAGUGGCCGAUUUGAUCUCGACACAUUCAAGUUGUUUGUGUGUCCGGCCCUGCCAGAGAUACUCUGUGAAGGUUUAUUUCUGGCGUUCGAUGAAAACCGAGACAAUCAUAUUGACUUCAAGGAGAUGGCGUGUGGCAUCUCGUCCUGCUGUAGAGGUCCCUCCACAGAAAGGCAGAAGUUCUGUUUUAAGGUGUUUGACAAGGACCAUGAUGGCAAGCUGUCAGCGGAGGAUGUCAAGUCAAUGCUGUUUGCGCUGGACAUCGUCCGGAGAGAGUACAAGUCCCCAGCCGCCCUGGAAGCAGAAGAUAUGCCUGUCCUUGACCCUGAGGUCGUUUCCAAUGAGAUUAUGUCAAGUUUAGACACUGAUAAGGAUGGCUUUAUCACAAUGGAGGAGUACCUGGUGUGGACAGUCAACAAUACACUUACAGACGACUUCCUGGAUCUGCUCAGUCAGAUAUGCCAUGUGGUGCUUGGCCUUAAGCCACAAAGGCGAGAUGAAGAAGGCAAAAUAAUUCAGUCGUGGUUAGAGCGAGAGAGUCGUAAGCCGUUACAGGUGGGCCAGGUUUGUUACCUCAUCAGUAUGCAGUGGUGGAACACCUGGCUGGAGUAUGUCAAUGGAGAUCUGAAUGAAAACCACAGUGCGACAGGCACACCUGUAUCCAAGCAUAAAUUUGCUAAAGGGAAGGGAGGUGUCAACAGCACCCUUGCCUGGGAAGAUGAGAACGUCAUAAUGGUUAACUGUAAGACAAGCAGCGCAGAACCGGCCACCUUGAACAGCCAUGCUGCCCACCCCACAUACAACAGCCUACCCAGAUCAAACCACGGCUCUCGUAGUCCCAGGAAGAAUAGUCUCAACCCCGUCGACAACGCCGCGGCCAUGAACCGUAGUCCCAGUCCAUCACCCAAGAUGAAGCGGAAACAUGCGGUGGCAGCAGGUCCCCCACAGAGGCCGGUCGCCAUUGAUAACAACCCUCUAAUUGUCACCAACUCACAUAAGGCGUCAACUCUCACAAACGAGGGUGGUCGGUUAAAGCGGGACACAGUGCUGGUGAGGGGGAAGGACUUCGAGCUGGUGCCGGAGCCCAUCUGGAGAGCCCUGUCCAGCUGGUACGGAGGGGCACCUGCUCUGCCUAGAACUGUGAUAACAACGGCAUCCAAUGACCCUGAGCUGGAGCUGUACCCCGUGACUGUCCGACUCCAGCGACACCAGGUGCCCAGCCAGAGGCCGCCCCCUCCCACCACCUUCACAGGCAUGAUGGCUGGCUUUGGUGGCAUGGCAUGGAGUUUUGCAGCCAACCCAGACCCCCCCCGUCGCUACCUGGCGUACACAGCAGCCUUCAGCAGGAAACACACCAUGCAGCAAAUAUAUGAGUUCUUAUGCAACAAACUCCGCUUCUGUCGAGAAGACAUCCGACUCUGGAAAGUCAGUCCCAAAGAUGAUCAAAACAUCACGUUGCUAGAUGAUGAGAAUAUGACUGUGGAGGAUGCAAGCAUAGAAGAGAACCAGCAGAUGCUUAUUGAAGUGAGAAACAAGGACUUGACAUGGCCAGAGGAGAUGUCUCAACUUGCCAAAAACAAAACACUAAAGAAAGAAGAUGUGCCAACAGAGCGAGGUGCUACGGGUCUGAAUAAUCUCGGCAACACGUGCUUCAUGAACGCUGCUGUGCAGUGUGUGUCCAAUACUUACACUCUCACACAGUACUUCAAUGGAGGGCUGCAUCUGUUUGAACUUAAUAGAAAAAAUCCGCUAGGAAUGAAAGGCCACAUAGCCCAGCGGUAUGGAGAUCUUGUGAAGGAGCUGUGGAGCGGGACAACGCGAACUAUUGCCCCCCUCAAACUAAGGUGGACAAUCGGGAAGUAUGCACCAAGGUUUAACGGGUUUCAGCAGCACGAUUCACAGGAACUCCUUAGCUUCCUGUUGGAUGGACUGCACGAAGAUCUCAACAGAGUCCAUGACAAGCCAUAUGUUGAGUUGAAGGACAGCGAUGGGAGGCCAGAUGAAGAAGUGGCGCUAGAGGCAUGGGAUAACCACUUAUUACGGAACCAGUCUAUCAUCGUGGACCUGUUUCAUGGCCAGCUGCGUUCCCAGGUGCGAUGUCAGGAAUGUGGUCAUGUCAGCGUCCGCUUUGAUCCCUUCACCUACCUCUCUCUACCUCUACCCAUGGACAGCUGUAUACACCUGGAAAUCAUUGUGAAUCGAUUGGAUGGGUCAGUACCAGUCAAGUAUGGCCUGCGGCUAAACAUGGAUGAGAAAUACAAAACCUUGAAGAAGGAGCUGAGUUCCCUGGCAACCAUUCCUCCAGAGCAGAUCCUUUUUGUGGAGGUCUUAGGCCCCAUUGUCAAGACAUUACCACAGGACAAUCAGAAAAUCCGGACAUUACUUGGAGGAACGCUGUAUGCCUACGAGUUACCACCGACACCUGAAAUUGAACCUCUGUCUGCAGAGGAAGAACAGGCUCUUUCCAAAUCCACAAACACCACCACCACCAUCAGCACAACCAAAGAGAGCAUCGGACUCAGUGAAAUACAGAGAGGAUUAACAUCAAAACGCCAGCCACAGAAUUCUUCAUCCGUCAAUGGCAACCUGCCAAAUGGUCAACCACCGCAGCUUGAAGUGUCACCAGCCCACCGAUCAGAAACUGACUCCCCAGGUGCUCACUCCCGCAGUCCCAGCAGCACCAGCAACAUCACCGACAGCAUGAUCAAAUCAGGGGUCGACACCCUCUUCAAUGGCUUUGUUAUUGGAGUACACAGGAAAAUGAUAUUGAUGGAUGUAUAUUUCUUAUCAUCUCAAAAAACUCGACCAAGUUUGUUUGGGACACCAAUAAUUAUUCCAUGUGUUGAGAAAACAACAAACCAGGAUCUCUACAAAUUUGUGUGGACACAAGUCGCUCGAUUGGUCAGUCCGCUCCCUCCUUCAGAGGCCAAAGCAGCCAAUCACGCGCUUGACAGUGAUGACAGUCUUUGUUAUGAAUACCCCUUCACACUGAAGGUCGUUCAGAAGGACGGGUUUACAUGUGCCAAAUGCCCAUGGUAUAGAUUCUGCCGAGGUUGCAAGGUGGAUUGUAAUGCUAAUUUAUUUAACUUUGGUGGAUCGUUCCUGGCAAUAGACUGGGAGCCCACGGCGCUGCAUCUCCGCUACCAGACAACUCAGGAAAGGUUUUUUGAGGAGCAUGCAAGUGUUGAAGAGAGUCGCCGGAAGCAGACGGAACCGAUUGACCUGGACACUUGUCUGCAGGCCUUCACCAAAGAGGAGGAUCUCGGGGAGGAGGAGCUGUACUAUUGUUCCAAGUGCAAGAAACACUGUCUGGCUUCCAAGAAGUUGGACAUCUGGAGGCUGCCUCCCAUACUGAUCAUUAACCUGAAAAGAUUCCAGUUUCUUAACGGGCGGUGGGUGAAAUCUCACAAAAUUGUGAAGUUCCCGUCUCGGAACUUUGAUCCUAGUCACUACCUUGCACCGAGAACACCAAAGAGAGCCAACAUCAAGGAACUGGAGGAGGGGCCGAACACCACAAAGGAAAGCAGCGAGUCUAGCGUAACACAACAUUCCAAAACACCAAACGGUUCCGCUGGACACCCAACAGAUUGUGGUGAUACUGCUGUGGAUGGUGGAGAGAAGAAAUGCACAGCUCUAGCUCGGUGUGGCUCCCCAGGAACAACCACAGACUACACCAUAGAAGACUACUCAGACGUGAAAUAUGAUCUCUGCUCCAUGUCUUGUCACACGGGGAUCUUGGGUGGAGGACAUUAUGUAGCGUAUGCCAAGAACCCUAACAAUCGCUGGUACUGCUACAAUGACAGUAGUUGUAAGGAAAUCCCUGAGACCCAGCUUGACACAAACUCCGCAUAUAUUCUGUUCUAUGAACGGAGGCAACUUAACCCAAGCAAGUUCAUGCCAGACGUAACAGGGAAAGAACCCGAUAUGUCCGAAAUUGAUGAUGAAUGCGAGUCUGAUCUCAAGAAAAUGUGCGUCAUACAGUGAUGACAAUGAGCGUUGCAGUCUUGACAAUGUGUGUUUCACAGUUUUGACAUUAUGUGUGUCACAGUCUUGACAGUGUGUGUCGUGAUGACAAAAUGUGAUAUGUUGUGGGGGGGAGGGAUUGUUAUCAUGACGUGUCAUGCAAGCCAUCAUGACGUCAUGUUGUGCAUAUACAUAGCAUAGGCAAGGCAUGAGUUGAAGGCUGUUGGCUGUUUACACUGUUAUGUAGUAUUUAAGGGAAAGAGAAGACACAGUUGCUACAGAAGGCACAGAAUACCAACAGCAGUGGAACAAGAGCUGCUUGUGGAUGGAGAAGAUCAGACGCUCCAAAGUACGAGAAUACUUACAGUUAUAGGCAGGAUAUUAAGCUGAAAAAAGUGGACGGAAAAAGAACAAGGGCACAAUGUUGAAUUUGUAUGACUAAAACGUUGGAUCUAUGUGAGACUCAGAUACCAGUUAGUGAGACCAUGUUUCGAUCAGUCUUAUAAUCUAAUCCAUUUAAUACUUUUAUAUAAUGCCUUCUCUGUCUUAAGAUCUGAUGACACUUCCAUGGAUGCUUGUGUCUCAUGACCUUGACCCUGCUCUGGUCCUUGAGGCUCUGAAGUCUGAUUUCUGCAACAAAUUGACUUCAACUUUUUAACCAUAAUUCUGGAAGUUUGAUCGCAACAAAAAAAAUAAUCCCCGAACACAACAUCCCCAAAAUCAGGUGUAGAAGUCUUGGCUUCCUGAAAUGGCACAAUGUUUAAAAUAAAUAUAAAAUAUUAAGAAUAAUGUGAAUUUUUGUCCUUUACGAUACAAUAAUCGAAUUGUUUUGAUCUGAAUGUUUGACUCAAUGCUGAUUGGUUGGUUAGAGAGUUCAUCUGACGUGUGACCUCUGCCCAGAUGGUGUCGUCAGAUCUUCAUACAGGGAGGUAUCAUAUUGGCGUAAAAAAAACAUAUGAGAUUGUGUUAUGACUAAUUUAUUUUCCUUUUUCAUGGUUUUUCCUUCUCAGUGUUUGUCAUAUCACAGGAUUUUUAACAAGUUUCAUUUGGUCCGUGAAUAUGCAAAAAAUCACUCAAACAUCCUGUAGUCAAACGUCAGUGUUGGUUUGAGGAUGAUUAUUAAUUUCCUUCACUUAAUAUAAAAGUUUUUAUUUAAAAGUACAAACACGUUUCAUUUUCAUAUCUAAUUGUUUUUGUUUGAACUUUGCCAGGCAGUUUCAUCCCUAAGAUUAGAGAGUAAGUUGCUCUGGUCUUUCAUGAUUGGUUUAAUCGAAAUGUUGACUGGACUGACUUCGUGGAAAUUUAAUCUCAAUUAAUAAUUGAUACAGAAGUUGAUAGAUUUAUUCUGAAUUUGAAAUGGUAUUAGACUGAUGACUUUCGAAUAAUAACAGAACUGUAAAUUGAAAUUACUCAUUUAUGAUAAUGACAGGCACAACUUUCAAUAUGGUGGCCAUUAUUCACUGGUAUCUAUGUGUGAGAGAAAUCAUUAACACCUGGAUUGCCUUAACAUCAGAAUUUACUCCAGUAGGAUACAUCCCUGCAUGAAUAUCUGAUAAGGUAAUCUACAAGGAUUCAGUCCUCAAUGCAAGUAAGCAAAGUAGACCAGCAAAUCUGAGUUCUGUUUCAGACUGAACUUAAACGGACAGUUCUGAAUGUAAAGAGAAAAAAUACAUUGUUUUAACACCAUCAUUUCUGAAAACUAUACUGGCGCAGCGUACUAGUUAUUGCCCACGCCUGGCUGUAGCGUUUGCGCAGACAGCUUGAGUUUAACUCUCGUAGCCUAUCGCUUUUGUGAUGUGUCUGUGUGUGAAGUCAAGCUGUCUAUGCAAGCGCUACAGCCAGGUGUUGGCGAUAACUGGUCGCUAGCCAGUAGCAUCUACACCACAAAUUAAGUACAAUCAGAGAAGUAUUUGUGUUCUGCAUGAAUUUUCUUUGUUAAAAUAACAAUUAUGGAAUCAAGAUCAUCAAAAAAUGAACGCCAAUCCUGUGGGCAGUCAGAGUUUAGUCGGGUUUCACCAAAAAAACAACCUUCUGUUGAGGGUUGUCAGAUAUUCAUGCAGAUAUAGGGGUGGUGGGGUAGCUUAGUGGUUAAAGCAUUCGCUCAUCACACCGAAGACCCAGGUUUGAUUCCCCACAUGGGUACAAUGUGUGCAGCUGGUGUCCCCUGCCAUGAUAUUGCUGGAAUAUUGCUAAUGCGGUGUAAAACUAAACUCACUCACUCAUGUAGAUAUAUCGGGUUAGGGUGAAAUAUCUGAUGUCGUGAGAUUGCAUAGAGCUGUGAUGGAGAUCAUGAACAAUGUCACUUGAAUGAUCAUUGACAAGAUUUGGCAGAUACUGAACUUCAAAUAUAUUUGGCAUAGGAUAAAGUAGUCAUUAUAAAUGCUUACAAGGAACAUGACAAACGAAGAUUGCUGUCUUGGAAUUAGCAGUUUCUGUUUUCAGCAUUUAUGUUGCCAAUGGUAACAGGAUGUUUUAAAGAAAAGCUUGAUGUACAAUAUGAAAUGUACGAGAUUAGCUGGGUUGAAUUAGCAACUGGCUAUUUUAACUCUUAAUGCAUUGGGGUGAUGUAGAAAAUGAUGAUUAUUGUUAUUUGUGAUAUUCACAUGGAUGACAAAUGAAACUACACAUUAUUAGGGAUGAAAUGAUACAACAAGGUCAUGACAUGAUGCGCGUAUCACGAUACAUAGGAAACGAUACAACGCAUAUCGCUAUACAUAUAUUCACAUCAAAUCAAGGGUAUUCUUCUGGACUAAAUAUUUCAGAGAAAGUUCUGAAGGAAACGCUGUCUGUAGACACACAUUUGUCUCAGCUAUUUUUUUUUAGUAAAGUUUAAACGCUAAUUACAGUUCAUUUUACGAUAUUUGACAGACAGAAUUUUAGUAGUAAAUUUGAAAUGUAAUUUCAGUUCAUUUUAAGAUAUUUGACAGACAGAAUUUUAGAUGGGGAGUGUCAUUAAACAAUAGUAAGCAUUUUAGCAAGUGUAUCAUUAUGUAUCAAUUUGAUAAACACAAAAUCAUAUCAGGUAUUGUAUUGUUGCAUGAAAGCUCACAAUGUACCUGUACACCGUUGUAUCAUUUCACCCCUAAAGAUUAUCGUCCUAGUUAGUAGUAUUCAUACGAGCACCGAAAGUACAUAUGAUCCACUGAAUUGUUAGUAACUACAAAACUUACUUGAUUUCAUUCAUUUCCAGUGUUGUAUAUUUACAGUGUUCACAUGUGUAGGUGAGAUGUACAUGACCACAAUAUUCCUCAGUUACUCCAGACCCACGAAGAUUCGCGUUAAAAUUGAUCUUCAGUAACCCAUGCUUGUCGUAAGAGGCGACUGACGGGAUCGAGUGGUCAGGCUCCCUUACUUGAUCGAUACAUG